AUGUUCACUCCGAUUCACACCACCCUGGGUGCACUAUUACUAUUCCAAGGCUCGUCCGGGCUACUUGUUCAUAAUGGAGCUGUGUUCGGCAUUUCCUCUCUUCUUUCCGGGUGUGCUUUGAACCCAAGCUGCGAUAAUGUGCCAAUCAUCGCAGGCCUGGUGUCCAGUCUGGUGCCGGUGUACCUCACAGCACCAUCGCUGAUCCCGAACUAUCCUGUGCUGCCGGGUUCAUGGGCCUCCAUCGCUGCAACGGUAGGUAUAGGUUUCUUGUUGGGAUGGGGCACAAAGAAUGGUCGAGGAUGUACCUCGGGACACAUGCUUUGUGGAAUUUCACGCCUAUCACCUCGCUCGCUGAUUGCAACUGCUGUAUUUUUUACAACAGCUUUAUUGACGGCAAACUUCGUCAAAGGUGGAUCCAAUAUCCCGGCCUGUAAUGGAGUCCCAUGCUAUACGCCGGUAUAUCCAUCGACAUGGGAACUGGGAUUCAUGGCUUGCACAACUCUGGUUGCAGCUAUCACCAACUUCAUCAUUAUUCCUCGAAAUGUUCAUCGGUCGGAGAAAUCAAGGGUCAUAUUUUCGUAUGUCGCAGGGCUGGAGUUUGGCCUGGGUCUUUUGAUGUCUGGAAUGGCGGAUCCAGCCAAGGUCCUCAGGUUCUUUGCCUUUUUGACAGACCAUUCUCGAUUUGAUCCUUCGUUGGCGUUGAUCAUCUUGUUCGGAAUUGGGCCAUCUCUGUUCACCUUCCUCAAAGAGAAGCCGGGCCAAACGCUUGAAAAGGGAAAACCUGCCCCCAACCCGACACUCGCGAAGGAAUGGCGGCUUCCAACAGCCACAGUGGGCGACAUUGACUGGCGUUUCGUUGCUGGUUCAGUGGCGUUUGGUCUAGCCUGGGGACUGAGAGGCGUUUGCCCGGGACCUGCAAUUCUGCGUACAGUGUUGCAACCGACUUGGGGAUUGGCGACAAUGGUCGGAUACAUUGUGGGCAACGUCUUGUAG